GCCAUUGAUCUUUUUUACGACCUUUAGACUUGAAAACCCCCUUCGAGGCGAAACCGAUCUCCUUUUUUUUAUACCUCAACCUUCACUCAACCAUUUUACAAAAGUCAUUGGAUCGGGUUGCACAUUACAUAUAAACCUAAGUGGACUUCUUCUACACCUCAAGACCUUGCUGCCACAAACUUCCUCCAUCAUUACACCCUUUCUCCAAUUUCAUAUACAAUUACGCCUCGAGAAUUACCAUACCUGCUCAGACAAUGCAGGCAGUGAUCCCAGAGCCCAGCCCGCAAAAAGCUGGGAGACGCGUGCUCGGGGAGAAGACAGCCAACGCGUCAUUAACGCCCGCUACGAAGAGAGUCGCCGAUGCAAGCUCACAGAAAUUCCAAACAACUGCAAUCCCAUUCAAUGUGCUGAGCAACAAAAUCUCACCGUCGAAGACUCGAGACGUCUCGUCCGAUGUUCGUCACGCCGGACAGAAGCGUUCAAUAGAUCAAGUGGUGGAAGAUAUCAAAGAGGCGGAGUCUGAGCCGCGGAAAGUGUUAAUGACCUCCCAAACAGAGGAGGACAGGGACUUCGAGAUAUUCAAUGAUGCCAAUGGAACAGAGUCUCGUAAAAGAAAGAUACUUGAAGCAUCGACUUCACAACAAACAGACGGGGUAGUAACUAAGUCUCGAGACAACGUGGAAGCUAACCGGGAGGGUUCGAAAGAUGAAUCAUUGAGCAGAGUUCCAACAGAACCUGCAGCUCGCAAACUAUUCAUUCAGCAGAGAGCCGCGUUGGCCAAAAGCAGACUGCAAUCUGCCAUGCGUCGCGUCGAAGACAAGUCUCUCGACCGAGCCCUUUCCCAAUUCGAAGCAAACAGUCGCUCAUUCCUAAGAACAUUGUCUUCUUCAUCUGCGUCAACUUCUCAGCAGCCACCACAACAAGAGCAAAUAUCUCAAAACCCAUCAACAACAAAGCAAACACGAGUAUUAUUGCCACCUCUUCCUCUUCAACCACGAUCAAGACCUGUUCGAUCAUCUGCGCAGACCUCUACACAUUCACCAUCGGCGGAAUCUCUGAAUAUAGCCAGUCCCCCCGCGACGGACGACGAAGCGGAACCAAAUUAUGAGCAUGAUAACGACAAGACACCCAAGCAAAGUGACAUUAAAAGACAGGAUAACAUCACCGAGUCCCAUGACAUUGGUGUCAAUAUGAGCCAGGAAAGUGAUUCAGUGAUAGACAAACUCAUCAAGUGGACGCAAUCUUCGACUGAUUCUAUACCUACAGCCGAGGCAUGAAUGAUGGAGUUAUCUUACUAUUCCCAUUUUCUAUAGAAACCAAAUGCUAGACGGGAAAUCAAGAAAAAAAAAUUACUAGGACGGGCCGAAGGGCGCGCCCUGACCUGACGAGGAGUAUGAUUGACUGAUGAGCUACAUACAGAGUACCCUGGCCCCAUUAUUUCCCCGGAGGUCUCAUUGUGUAUGAUUAUCCUAGCUUAACUUAAUACCAUUACGAGGAUA